AUGGCGGACCCUUCUAUGGACUCGGAUAAGAUCCGCAACAAGAGACUUGCGAAACUGCAGCAGUCACAGCCGCCGCCGCAGUCGCAAGAUGCUGUCGCCGCAGCCUCAAGUCCCUCCCAAGAUGGCCCCGACUCAACGCCAUCGUCGCGACCAGAGACACCCCAGGUCGACUCUCCUGCCCUUCCAACACCCACCGAAUCGGCAACACCAUCUGGCACUGUCACGAAAGAGCCGUCCCCUCCACCUACAACCCGGAUACGAAUCACUCCGGCAAAUGUCACGCCCCAGAAGCGAGAGAUGGACGGCCUGGAACGACCAAGUUCAAGACAGAGUUCAAGGCCGAAUGAGUCCAUCGAACAGUGGGAAGACCGGACCUUGAGGAAUAUAUUUCGUCUCAGUCUAAACCCUGAACAGACGAAAGAUAUGCACGGUCAGCAGCUCCACGUUCUUGCACAACUUAGAGAAGAGUUGGAGGCAGAAGGCAAACCAGUGCUACUGAGUACCGAUCUGCUAGAGCAGGCAAUUAUGGAAGCAGGCGCAGAUCUGGGAAAACUAACUCCGCAUGACUGGCUAUUCGGCUGCUGGAAGAGAAUCACGAGAAUGAGCAAGGCUGUCAAAGAUCGGACACCCGAGAACAAGAAAUGGACCAUCAUCUCAGAGGCUAGAAGACUCUGCAUGAGCUGGUGCAUAUUGUCCGUCACGACACCCGACGUGUUCGGCGCAGAAUACGAUGGGGUCGCCGCACUGGCGGACCACCUUCUGGCCGAUCCAGACGAGGAUGGGGGUAUUUGUGGUGAUUUCCUCACGGAAGUCAUCACAAGGUUCGACGAGGAUGAAACCAUCAAGGGUGCAUUCGUUGGCGCUGUUGAGAAUCUGAGUCGGCGGCUUGCCAAAUUGACCAUGGAUUCCGACUAUCGACGCUAUACUGCCAUGCUGCGACACCUCAUUAGAUACAAGCCCGUGGCCAUUGCAAUCACGGAGUCCAAGAUGUUUGUGGAUAAGUCAGUCCCGGCUGCCCAGUUGGAGGUUGCCACUCUGCUUGGCCCCUUUUUCCAGUUGUCGCCACUGCAAGCGGAAAUGACCAAGCAGUACUUCUCUGGCCCUAAGACAAUGGACCCAGGAAGGAUUCGGAACUCUCAGCAGUCACUUCAAAUGUCUUUGAGGUCCCAUCAGACCGAACUAUUUGAUAUCAUCAAUACACUGGUGCGCGCCUCUCCGGAAGCUCGAGAACGUGUGCUGGAUUGGUUCGCUCUUGUGGUGAAUGCGAAUCACAAACGCCGCGCCAUGCGUGUUGAUAAAGCGACGGUCUCGAGUGAUGGUUUCAUGAUCAAUAUCACCACGAUCUUGGACCAGCUGUGUGAACCCUUUAUGGAUGCACAGUUCUCAAAGAUGGACCGCGUCGACAUUGACUAUCUUCGAAGGCACCCUCGGGUUGACAUCAAGGAGGAAACGAAGAUCAACGCUGAUCAAGAGCACUCUGAUGAGUUUUACAAGGACCAGCUCGAAGGCACCAACAACUUCAUCUCAGAAUGCUUUUUCCUCACCGUGGCCGCGCAUUACUAUGGUAGCGAAGCCGCCCGAAAUAUGCUCAAGGACAUGGAUAGAGACCUGAAGCACAUGGCAAAACAAAUUGAGAUGUUCGAAACAGAACGACACAAAUACGUCAAUAACCCUGCCCAGCUGGCGAUCUUCGAGAAUGCACUUAAGAAGUACAAGGAUCAGCACGACAAGGGCUUGUCCUACAAGUACGCUGUUCAGGGCGUGCUCCUUGAUGAAAUUGCGCAGACUCGUUCGAUGCAGUUCAUGCGCUUUGUGACUGUAUGGAUCCUUCGCCAAGUUUCCCCCCAUCGUCAAUUUCCUAAGCAGAAUAUGACGCUUCCUCUCCCACCCGAGCAACCAGAGACCUUCAAGAACCUCCCUGAAUAUUUCCUGGAUGUUAUCAGCAGUAAUUUUGGAUUCAUCAUGUACAACAUGCCCCAAGUCAUCUCAUCAACGCAAUCGGACGAGCUGAUAAUGCUCUGCAUCACCUUUCUGCGCAACUCUGAAUACAUCAAAAACCCAUAUCUGAAAGCAUCCUUGGUCACCAUCCUCUUUCGAGGAACAUGGUCCUGGCGUCAAGGCGGAAGGGGAAUACUUGCAGAUCAAUACAACAGCAUGCCAUUUGCGACUGAGCACCUGCUGCAUUCUUUGAUGAAAUUCUUUAUAGAGGCGGAGUUCAUGGGCGGUCACGGCCAGUUUUUCGACAAAUUCAAUGUGCGCUUCGAGAUUUUCCAGAUCAUCAAGUGUGUUUGGCCGAACGCCGUGUACCGCGAUAAUCUGCUGAGAGAGGCAAAAGUUAACAUGGAAUUCUUUGUGAGGUUUGUUAACCUCCUCUUGAAUGAUGUGACUUUCGUGCUGGAUGAAUCUUUUACGGCGUUUCAUACCAUUUACGACAUCUCGAAAGAACUCUCGCUUGCUGGCACGUCGCUAGAUCAGGAGCAACGAAAAGAAAAGGAGGAAGCACUGGAAGCGGCAAAGAGCAAGGCAAAAUCAUAUAUGCAACUGACGAACGAGACGGUGGCAAUGUUGAAGCUCUUCACGGAAGCUCUGGCUGACGCAUUCACAAUGCCCGAAAUUGUCCAGCGGUUGGCGGACAUGUUGGACUACAACCUUGAUGCGAUGGUCGGACCGAAAUCCACGACUCUCAAAGUCGAAAACUUGCAGGAAUAUAAUUUCAACCCAAAAGCUCUGCUGAGUGAGAUCGUCGACGUCUACCUCAAUCUGAGCGAACGGGAAAACUUCAUCCUCGCCGUUGCGCGGGAUGGUCGAUCAUACAAGCCCGAAAACUUCACCAACGCCGGCAACAUCAUGCGCAAAUUUGUCCUCAAGGCACCCGAAGAGCUCAAUAGGUGGCAACGUCUCAUAGAAAAAUUUGCCAAGGCCAAGGAAGAGGAUGAAGCUGCGGAUGCGGACUUGGGAGAAGUCCCCGAUGAAUUCCUAGAUCCGCUGAUGUUCACACUCAUGGAAGACCCUGUGAGGCUGCCUGUAUCGAAGAUUGUUAUUGACAGGAGCACGAUACGGAGCCACUUGUUGAGUGACCCUCACGACCCAUUCAACAGAGUGCCGCUGAAGAUCGAAGACGUCAUUCCUGCAACCGACGUUAAAGAGCAGAUCCAGAAAUUCAAGGAUGAACGCAUUGGGAGUCGGCGCAAGGACUUUGUGGAGACGGUCAAGACAGAAACCGGCGGCAAUGCCGAUGGUGAACCAAUGGACCUGAGUCAGUAA